AUUUUAAUCUAAAUGUUGUGGAACUUUCCUUCGAACGCAAACGUUCCUAUAAAUAGGCUUUCUUCGUUGUAUAAGACAUUUUCGUGUCUGUGAGACAAUUCUCGCGAGUACAAUCUGCGAACCAUGGCAUUCGUUGAAAAUGGGAUUUUGAAACAGAAGCGUCCUGUAUGGAGGUUGAGCUACUUAAUUGAGCUCUUUUGGUCCUUCCUUAAUCUCAUUGGGAAUUUCAUUACAACAAUGUUCUCAAUGGAUGCAACACAGCAAUAUAAGAAAAAAUCUGGAUCACGUGGAGGUGGCUGGGAUGGUGGUCCUGGUGGAGGUGGUUCUGGUGGUGGUCCCUAUGGAAAUGGUCCUCGCAGACCACCUCGUGGCUUGGAUAAUGUGCGAGGAAUCGAUCACAAUUCUGUUCCUGCAUGUGGCUCCUGCUGUGGUGGAGGUUAAGUAUAGCGAUUUAGGAUUGAGUACUGGAUUGACAGCUCUUCUAGCACAAUAAAGAGAUUCUAUUAUGUGCCGAUUCUAAGACAUUAUCAACAAAUCAUGUAAUGCUUGAUAAGGAGUGAAAAUUUCUCAACUUAGAUGUAAAGUGAGUAAACAUUAUAAAAGCUUAAAAACUGCUUAAAAAACACCGGAUAAUGAAAAUUCUAUUUAAGAUUGUGCGUGAAAUAUUGAUGUCAUCUGGUGUUCUUGCAUCUUUAUCAGGAUAGCACCUAUUUGAACCUGCUAUUGUGACUGUUUAAUAUCAUUGCUUGUGAUUGAUUAGAAAGGGUGGAAUAUUGUUUA